GCCGCUGGAGCGGAGCAGCAGCGGGAAAGCAUCCGGAGCCGGCCCGUCGCAGCCGUGCCGGUGGGGGAAGGCUCCCCGCAACCCGGGGGGUCCCCCCGCAGCGGGGCUGGGGGCGCGGGCGGGCACCCCGCCAUGGCCUUCACCAUGCUGCGCCCCGUGGCCGCCCGCGUGCUGUACCCCGACCUCAGCAUCCUCUCGGAGGACGAGGAGAACCGGAGCGAGAGCGACACGUCGGACCAGUCGUUCGGGUGCUGCGAGGGCGCCGAGGCUCGCCGCAAGCUGCCGCGGAAACCGGGGCCGAUGGUGAUGGUGAAGCAGAGGCAGGCGGCCAACGCGCGGGAGAGGGACCGGACCCAAAGCGUCAACACGGCCUUCACCGCCCUGCGGACCCUCAUCCCCACCGAGCCGGUGGAUCGGAAGCUGUCCAAGAUCGAGACCCUCCGCCUGGCCUCCAGCUACAUCUCCCACCUGGCCAACGUGCUGCUGCUGGGCGAGGGCUGCGAGGACGGGCAGCCCUGCUUCAGUGCCAUCUACGGUGCCAAGGGCGACCUGGACAGCAAGCAGCCCCGCAGCAUCUGCACCUUCUGCCUCAGCAACCAGCGGAAAGGGGGCGGCCGGAGGGACCUUGGGGGCAACUGCCUGAAGGUGCGGGGGGUGACCCCGCUGCGAGUUUCGCGGAGAUGAGCCGGGGUCCGGCAGCACCCGCCUGAGACAGCGGCAGAGCCGGCCGGAGCCCGCGCAUGCCAGCCCCAGAGACCGGAGCGGGGAGGGAGGGAGAUGCCCGCGGCCGAACCCGGGGGGGGGACACGGGCUGGGACCGCACCGACACCGGCCCCGGAGCCGGCAGCGGGGCGGGAGGAUGCUCCCACGGCCGAGGCUGCCCGGCGCGGGGCAGGGCCGGGGAGGGGGGUCCCCGCGCCCCGGGGCUGGACUGGAAAGGGGCCCGUGUGCGGCCGGCGUCGAGGCGCUCCGGGGACGUCGCAGCCCCGCGGGCGCUGGUUGCGCACGUGCAGCCGCUUGGAAAAUAAACUUUAUUUUUCUGA